AUGAAACUCAAUGCUCUUUUCUUUGCCUUCGCGGCGGGUACCGCGCUGGCUGCUCCUCAGCAUAAGAAGCGGGCGACGCUCCAGUUCUUUGGCGUCAAUGAGUCUGGAGCUGAGUUUGGCGAGGACAAUAUUCCCGGAGUCUGGGGCACCGACUACAUCUUCCCCGACCCCUCGACCAUUUCAACCCUGAUCUCGGAUGGCUUCAACAUCUUCCGCAUCCAGUUCAAGAUGGAGCGGCUGACUUCUGAGAUAACCGGCGCGUUCGACGAGGCGUAUCUUCAGAACUUGACUUCGGUCGUCAACGCUGUCACCGAGGCUGGAGCCCACGCUAUCCUUGACCCUCACAACUAUGGCCGAUUCAACAACGAAAUCAUCAGCUCUACCUCGGACUUCCAAACCUGGUGGACCAACGUCGCGACCGAAUUCGCCGACAACGACCUUGUCGUCUUUGACACCAACAACGAGUACCACGACAUGGACCAAGACCUCGUCCUAAACCUCAACCAAGCCGCCAUCGAUGGCAUCCGCGCCGCCGGCGCAACCACCCAGUACAUUUUCGUCGAGGGCAACUCCUGGACCGGCGCCUGGACCUGGGUCGACAUCAACGACAACAUGAAGGCCUUGACAGACCCACAGGAUAAGAUCGUCUACGAGAUGCACCAGUACCUCGACACCGACGGGUCGGGCACAUCCGAGGCCUGUGUGUCUACUACCAUCGGCAAAGAGCGCGUGACCGCCGCAACGGAGUGGCUGAGGGAGAACGGGAAGAUUGGAAUCAUUGGUGAGUUUGAUGGUGGAGAUAACGACCAGUGUCGCACGGCUGUCAAGGGGAUGCUGGAUUAUCUCGAGAGUAACUCGGAUGUUUGGCUUGGUGCGCUUUGGUGGGCGGCUGGGCCGUGGUGGGGGACUUAUCUUUAUAGCUUUGAGCCGCCAAGUGGUGUUGCGUAUCAGGGGUAUUUGGAGACGUUGCAGGCGUACUUGUGAUAGAACCGGUAGCCGGUGCCGUUUCGAUGGUGCUUGGUUGACUGUCCUAACGGUGGGAUGGGGGUUUAGCUUGAUGGGUGGUGACUGGUAAGAUAGG